UUUUAUUUUUUAUACAUUUUUUAUUUUCAAAAUACAAAGAUAGUUUUCAACAUUCACACUUGGAAAACCUUGUGUUUCAUAUUUUUCUCCCUCUUCCCCACUUUCCUCCUGCCUUAGAGAGAAAGUAAUCCAAUACAGGUUAAACAUGUGCAAUUCUUCUUGAACAUAUUUCCAUAUUUAUCAUGCUGCAUAAGAAAAAUUAGAUAAAAAAGGAAAAAAGUGAGAAAGGAAAAAAGCAAACAACAAAAUAGGUGAAAAUACUAUCUUGUGAUCACAUUCAGAUUCCAUAGUCCCUUUUCUGAAUGCAAAUGACUCUCUCCAUUACAAGCCUAUUGGAAUUGGCCUGACUCACCUCAUAGUUGAAAAGAGCCACAUCCAUCACAGUUGAUUAUCAUAUAAUCUUGUUGUUGCUAUGUAUAAUGCUUUCUUGGUUCUAUUCAUUUCACUUAGCAUCAGUUCAUGCAAGAUUCUCCAGGUCUUUCUGAAAUCAUCCUGCUGAUAGUUUCUUAUAUAACAAUAAUAUUCCAUUGCAUUCAUAUACUGUAACUUAUUCAGUAAUACCCAACUGAUGGGCAGCCAUUCAGUUUCCAGUUUCUUGUCACCAUAAAAUGGGCUGCUACAAACAUUUUUUGCACAUGUGGGUCCCUUUCCCUCUUUUAUGAUUUCUUUAUGAUACAGGACCAGUAGAAACAUUGCUGAAUCAAUGGGUAUGCAGUGCCUUUUGGGCAGUACCAAAUUGCUCUCCAGAAUGGUUGGAUCUCUUCACAACUCCACCAACAAAGUAUCAGUGUCCUAGUUUUAUCACAUCCUCUUCAAUUUAUCUUUAUUUUUCCUUUCAUUUUAGCCAAUCUGAGAAGUAUAUAGUGGUAUUGCAGAGUUGCCUUAAAUUGCAUUUCUCCAAUAGUGAUUUAGAGGAUUUUUCAUGACUAGAAAUGAUUUUGAUUUCUUCAUCUGAAAAUUGUCUGUUCAUAGUCUUUGACCAUUUAUCGGUUGGAGAAGGCUUAUAUUCUUAUAAAUUUGAGUCAAUUCUCUAUAUAUUUUAGAAAUGAGGCCUUUAUCAGAGUCCUUGGAUGUUAAAAUUUUUUCCCAAUUUACUGUUUCCCUUCUAAUCUUCACUGCACUGAUUCAGUUUGUACAAAAAAAAUUUAAAUUUUAUAUAAUCAAAAUUAUUCAUUUUGCAUUUCAUAAUUAUCUCUACUUCAUCUUUGACCAUAAAUUCCUUCCUUCUCCACAGAUCUGAGAUGGAGAUUAUCCCUUGUUCUCCUAAUUUGCCAAUAUUAUCACUUUUUAUGUCUAAAACAUGAAUCCAUUUUGACCUUAUCUUUGCAUAGGGUGUUAGGUGUUGAUCAAUGCCUAGUUUAGCAGAUCUUUUUAUACAAAAAUUGUAAGUAAAUCAACCAUCAAUUUGAGUAUAGUAUAUGAACAUCACAGAAUUCUACUAUGCCAUUAGAAAAUGACAAAAAUUUUCAGAGAAACUAUUUAGUCAAGUGAACAAAACCAAAACAAUUUACACAAUAUCAACUUUGAAAGAGUAAGAACUCACAUCAAUGUAACAACCCUCUGUGAUUCCAGAGCACUGAUGAAAGAGAUGCAAAAUGAAAAUAGGAAUUUGUUGUUUGACUAUGUAUAUUUGUCACAUGGUUGUUUUUCUCUUUUCCAAUGGGGGAGAAGAAAGGAUUAUAGAAAGAGAAGGUAAUGCAUGUUAACAUAGGAAAAAAAAGUCCUUUUUUCCCCCCAAAACUUCUUCCCUUCUCAUUUAAUCUGCCUCCAAAUAAAUAACUGGAAAGCAUUUAUGUAUCACUUUAAGGUUUGCAACAACAAAAAAGGCUUUACAAAUUUAUAUUAUCUCAUUUUUAUUCUCACAACUCCUCUGAGACAAAGGUGCUUUUACUAUCCUCAUUUCACAGAUAAGGAAACUGAGGCAAUGUACAGUUAAGGAACUUAUCCAGAAUUACAAAGCUAGUAUCUAAGACUGAAUUUAUACCUACUGAUCCAGUGCUUUAUCCACUGCAAUACUAGAAAUGUUUCUCUUGGGUAAAGGUUAAAAGGUCUUGGGAAUGUGUCAACAAUUUAGAGGACAGAGGUUGUGUCAGUUUUGAAACGAGCUUCUAAUCUUAGCCACCGAAAUACUUCAGUCAUAGAAACUUAAUCAAGAUAAAAUUACUAACAAAGGCUUCUUGGACUUCAAACUAAAAAUAGGUAAAGGUCAAAAGAUGUCUUCAAAAACUCAUAUUCUAUCAAUACUUCACUUUCACAUCAGGGUGCUGGGACUUGCUCAUGAUCACAACCAAGAGGAACUGGAAUUUGAACCCAAGUCUUCUGACAAUGAAAUCCAGCACUUCUUUAGCUCUCUGGGCCAGCUUUGAGGCACCCUGUAUUUCCUACCACCAUGCUUUUGUCGUUCAGUUCAUUUUCUUAUUGGAGGUGAGGGUGGGGGAGCAAAUAAACCAAUCAAAAAUUGUGCAAGUAAGUCAAGGACUCAUCUGCCUACAAGAAAACGUAGCAAAAGAGGGGAGGAGGGCAGAGGUUGGGAUGGAAGAGAGAGAAAGCAGGUUUUUGGUAGUUUAAAAAUAAAUUAUAAUUUUAAAAUAGCUUUCUAUUCUCAGGGAUGGGUCCAAAAAAAAACAAAAUAAAAAGCUCCGUCGGUAGCAGCUUCAACUGUUCCCCAGCUCCCCCCAAAGUAGACCGCUGCAGUCCAUUCUGAGGUCCUAGUCUCUUCUGCCAGAUUACAAAUCCCCACCGGUUCUCCUCUUCUCCUCUCAGGGCGCGAGGUGGGAGACAAGACCAUGUGACGUCUGACCAUCGAUCCUGUAGGCCAGAGAGCAGGCCGUGACUUUCUAGCCGCACGUUCCCUUCAUCUCUAUGGUGCUCCCUGUUGUCGAACGCGAAGUUUUCGGCUUCUUUACCACCUUUGAGUCUUCCGGGCCGGCAGGGGGCAGAAGACUAAAGUGCCUGUCCCGCGGGGAGCCGGGCUUUCGGCCUGCUUGUGCGCGGGUUGGGGAGGAGGAGCACCGAGAGCUCGGAGUGGGCGCCUGCGCCGUAUUGGGCUCUGCGCUCGGUGCCGCGGCGUGUGAAGGCCGAGGUCCCCCGGACGCUGUGUCGGUGGGCGCCACUGCCACCUCCGUAGCGGCGAUGUUCCGCAAGGCCCGGCGGGUGAACGUGCGCAAGCGGAACGACUCGGAGGAGGAGGAGCGGGAACGCGAUGAGGACCAGGAGGCGCCGGCGCUGCUGCCGCCGGGUGGGGGGGAGGAGUCGGGCGCCGGGGACAGGGCCCCCGGCGGCGAGCUCCAGUCGUCCCCCCUGGCCCCCGGCCCGCCGCUCCUCUCCUCCUCUUCCGCUUCGCUGUUACUUGGCCCGGGGGCUGACGCUGGGCCCGGCUUCCCGGCCAGUGCAGAACAGGGCAACGGCCUAAAGCCGCGCAAGAGGCCGCGGGAGAACAAAGAGGCGCCCCGGGCCAGCCUGUUGAGCUUCCAGGAUGAAGAAGAAGAAACUGAAGAAGUUUUUAAAGUGAAGAAAUCAAGUUAUAGCAAAAAAAUAGUAAAACUACUUAAGAAGGAAUAUAAAGAAGAUCUUGAAAAAUCAAAGGUUAAGACAGAACUCAAUUCAUCAGCUGACGCUGAACAGCCUUUGGACAAAUUAGGGCAGCCUAAGGAUCCAAAUCUUGAAGAUGGGGCUAUUAUUUGUGAACAUGGUGAAGAAGAAAUGGAAGUGGAGAGUGAGAAGGAAGAAGAAAAGCCAAAAGUUGGUGGAACUUUUUCAAAUGCUCUGUCUUCUUUGAAUGUUUUACGUCCAGGGGAAAUCCCAGAUGCUGCUUUUAUUCAUGCUGCUAGGAAGAAACGUCAGAUGGCUCGAGAACUUGGUGAUUUUGCACCUCAUGAUCAUGAACCUGGUAAAGGCCGCCUUGUUCGAGAAGAUGAAAAUGAUGCCAGUGAUGAUGAUGAUGAUGACGAAAAGCGUCGAAUAGUUUUCUCUGUCAAAGAAAAGUCACAGCGGCAAAAAAUAGCAGAGGAAAUAGGUAUUGAGGGGAGUGAUGAUGAAGCCUUAGUAACUGGGGAACAGGAUGAAGAACUAAGUCGAUGGGAACAAGAGCAGAUAAGAAAAGGAAUUAACAUACCUCAGGUUCAAGCAAGUCAGCCUGCAGAAGUAAAUAUGUACUACCAAAAUACAUACCAGACAAUACCUUAUGGUUCGUCGUACGGCAUUCCUUACAGUUAUACAGCCUAUGGAUCAUCAGAAGCCAAAUCUCAAAAAACAGAUAAUACAGUCCCUUUCAAAACUCCCAGUAAUGAGAUGACUCCUGUUACUAUUGAUUUGGUAAAGAAACAGCUUAAAGACAGGUUAGACUCCUUGAAAGAAUUGCACAAAGCAAAUCGACAGCAACAUGAGAAACAUCUGCAAAGCCGAGUGGACUCUACCAGGGCUAUUGAAAGAUUGGAAGGGUCUUCUGGGGGUAUUGGUGAACGGUAUAAAUUUUUGCAAGAAAUGCGAGGGUAUGUCCAAGACUUGCUUGAGUGUUUCAGUGAAAAGGUGCCACUGAUUAACGAACUUGAAUCAGCAAUGCAUCAGCUGUACAAACAGCGAGCUUCCCGCCUUGUCCAAAGACGACAAGAUGAUAUAAAAGAUGAAUCUUCGGAGUUUUCAAGCCAUUCAAAUAAAGCUCUGAUGGCACCAAAUCUUGAUUCUUUUGGACGAGACCGAGCCCUGUAUCAAGAGCAUGCAAAGCGUCGGAUUGCAGAGCGAGAAGCCAGAAGGACCCGUCGCAGACAAGCCAGGGAGCAAACCGGCAAAAUGGCAGAUCACCUUGAAGGUCUUUCCAGUGAUGAUGAAGAAACAUCGACAGAUAUUACUAAUUUCAGUCUGGAAAGAGAUCGUAUCUCAAAAGAAUCCAGUAAGAUUUUUGAAGAUGUCCUUGAGAGCUUCUAUUCGAUUGAUUGUAUUAAAUCACAGUUUGAAGCAUGGCGUUCUAAAUAUUUUACUUCUUAUAAAGAUGCUUAUAUUGGUCUGUGUUUGCCAAAGUUAUUCAAUCCUUUAAUAAGGUUGCAACUUCUUACUUGGACUCCUCUGGAGGCAAAAUGUCGUGACUUUGAAAGUAUGCUGUGGUUUGAAUCCUUGCUGUUUUAUGGCUGUGAAGAACAGGAGCAAGAAAAGGAAGAUGUAGAUGUUGCAUUACUACCUACAAUUGUGGAAAAAGUGAUUCUUCCUAAACUAACAGGAAUAGCUGAAAAUACUUGGGAUCCCUUCUCUACAACACAGACAUCUAGAAUGGUUGGAAUUACGUUGAAAUUGACAAGUGGAUAUCCUUCAGUGGUAAAUGCAGAAAAUAAAAACACACAGCUAUAUUUAAAGGCACUCUUACUAAGAAUGAGAAGAACAUUAGAUGAUGAUGUAUUCAUGCCCUUGUAUCCCAAGAAUAUCUUGGAAAAUAAAAACUCUGGUCCUUACUUGUUUUUCCAGCGACAGUUCUGGUCUUCGGUUAAGCUAUUAGGAAACUUUCUCCAGUGGUAUGGUAUUUUUUCAAACAAAACCCUUCAAGAAUUAUCCAUAGAUGGUUUGCUAAAUAGAUACAUCCUUAUGGCUUUUCAAAAUUCAGAAUAUGGAGAUGACAGCAUCAAAAAAGCCCAACAUGUAAUCAACUGCUUCCCCAAACAGUGGUUUGUAAAUCUGAAAGGAGAAAGAACUAUAUGUCAGCUAGAAAACUUUUGUAGAUACCUAGUUCACCUGGCAGAUACUAUUUAUAGGAAUAGCAUUGGAUGCUCUGAUGUAGAAAAAAGAAAUGCAAGGGAAAAUAUAAAACAGAUAGUAAAACUUCUUGCAAGUGUACGAGCUCUGGAUCAUGCUACGACUGUUGCAAAUGACCACAAUAUGAAAGAAUUAAAGACUUUAAUUGAAGGAAAAUAGAACUUUCAUACUGAAAAACCCAAUAUGAGCUUUAAAAAUCCAUUCCUGAUGUACAAUUUUUGUAUAUAUGUAAAGUUUCUUAAACUGUAAAGUAUUGAUUCUUGUUUUAAUAGAACAUAAUUAUAUAUAGUACCACAACCUUACAGGAUGAGGAGGCCAGAAUGAUUACAUUUAGGAAUGUAGAGUGUUUUCCUUAUUGCCCACCAUACCUCUCUUAAAAAAAUUUUUGUAACCACAUACAUAUUAGCCAUCUAUUCAGUUUAUUGUCUUCCAGUACACUGGGUGUGUGUGUGUGUGUGUGUGUGCGCGCGCGUGUGUGCGCGCAUGACUGUAUGUACACACAUGUAAAAUGUGUAAUUAUGCGUCUGUUUAUACCACCUGGAAGUUACUUUCACACUGGGAUUUUUUGGCAUUUUCCUACUAAGAAAAGCCUUUUGAUAUCAGAAAAUUCUUCAGUAGCACAUUUUUUUUUUUUAGGAAAUUACUGCAUUAUUGCAACAAAGGGCUUGACAUAAGUCACAUAAAUAUUUAAACAUCCAUCAGUUAGAAACAGAUAAGAUGAUGACAAUGACAGUAUUCCCUUGAAAUUGAAAUGGUUGAACUGUGGAACUUACUGAGUUAAUAUGAGAUUUUUCUCCCCUAUAUUAGCUCUGUAGUUGAAUGUGGAAUUAAAGGGAGCACUAAUAAAUGUUAUAGAGUAGUGUAUAAUUGGAAUGUGUAAAUUGAAUUUUGAAAACAACAAACCUACCAUUUAAUUGUCUGAUCUGAUUGCCUCAUUCAUGGUUCCAUUAUCUGACCAGCUCAAACACAUAUAUAGUUAAUAUCAGCAGUUUGUUGUUCAAAUCCCACAUAUGUGAGAGAUAUAUGCAAUAAAUAUAUAAAACACAUUUCUGGUAAGUGGGUAUAUAAAUAAAAUUUAUAGAUGAUUACCCCACUAAGGUGAUUUACAAUCCCAUGGUCUUUAAUAUUUAUAUAGACAUUGUAAAUAUUCAGAAAUUUUGUUUCAAAGUUUACACUUAUUCUGUGAUUUUCAAGGAAAAAAUAGCAUUUUUUAAAAUUAAGGAAUAUUAGUUUAUAUAAUCAGAUAUAAAAUUAAUCUUUAGCCAAAUAAUUUUUAAAUUUCCCUUUUGAUGUACAUUGCUGCUGGCUACUUUUGUUAGAAUUUAUGACACUUGUUUGGUAAGAAUAUAAUAUUUCCAGAUAAAGCACUAGGCAUAUGACAAUAACAGAGAGCACAGUGCUAUGUAUUUGCUCAGUGAAUUCUGAAGGUUUUUGUAGGAAACAUGCCUUUCCUUCCAUAUACAAUUUAAUGGAGAUUUUUGUACUUCUUUGGUGACUUACAAACAUUAGAAUCAAAACACUUCUUUACAGUUUGCAUAGUGUAAAUGGGUAUGUUAACAUGUAUAGUAUGGAUGACAUGCACACCAAUUGGAACCUAAACUGUUUUUAAUGAUCCCAUUGGAUUCCCAUUUCUCAUUAUCUGCUUUUAAGAAUCCUUUCAAUAAAUUGUCAUUGAGACUUUUCUUUUUGUACAGAA